GUAAAAGGGCAAAAGCUUACUUGAUUUUGAUUUUCAGUACGAAUACAGACUCUCUUAAGGUGCCCUAGUGCCCUCUCAACUAACUAAUUAAUGACCUCACCUUUCAAGGUCCGUCAUCGGAGUGGGAAAUACUAUGACUCCCUUAAAGCAACCAAAUACCCCUUCAUCUAGUUGGCGAGAGCAACUAUACGUCCCUAUCUUUUACGGUACCUAUGGAAGUCAUGGUUGCAGGGUAACUACCUCUUCGUGGUUCCCGCUAGUAACGUGGCGGUAUUUCUGCUACGGCUAAAUGUUACCCCUGAGAGCUGGCUGAACGCCUUUAGGCCUGCUCUCAGUAUGGCAUGCACCUGGCCUUGUGCUGGACUGCAUGUACCCUGGCUUGGUGGUUAUUACACUAAGCUCCAGUGGUUAAUAUUUUCCUUGACCGGGGUACCUAGCCUGUCGUAUGCCUUGAUGGUGUUCUCGUAACUUUCGGGUUGCCUGAUCUGCCAAGGGCGACGGGACAGUGCAUGAUCCUAUUUUUGUGUGCUAGGUUCAAAGAGAAUUGUAUGCUAUAUGCAUGCAAUUCCGCCUCGUUAUUGUUCCUAUUUCAAACCUCUUACAUUAUCGAGGCAAAACCCGACUCACACGACCACAUCGUGCCUCCCGGUUGAUGAGACGUAUGUCCCAUGAACCAACGUGAGCGGUACCGGGUGGUGGAGAUCGGGCUAAUCACCCACUCUACCUAUACCCACCCACUGAUUACGAAUCCUACAAUGAAAAAAUGCAUCUCUACCCAUGGUUCAAAAAAAGACCAAAAAAAUCUCAAAAACUCUCAAAAACUAAAAUUUGGCUUAUGGAACGUCCGAGGUUGCUCACAAGAAAGCAAAUUACAUCAGAUUGCGAGUCAAAUAACUGAACGACAGUACCACCUAGCAGUGAUUACCGAGACCAGAAUGCCCAGCAAGAUAUUAGAAAUGGAUGAACACACAACCCUACUCAACUGCAAUCCAGAUACAAGCGACUACAAAAACACUGGUGUUGCCUUCAUCGUCAACAAUCACACAAACAUUACAACAUCGCACUUCAAUGAAAUAAACAGCAGAAUUGCAACGAUAAUCGUCCACUCCAAGUCAAUGAACCAAUCCUUCAAUGUUAUUGGAUGCUAUUCUCCUACAGAAGCCUCAGAUGAUGACAACCAAAAAGACAACUUCUACCUCUCAUUAAAACAAACAAUCAUGAACAUCAAGCAAAACAAGCUACCGAUAAUAUUAAUGGGAGAUUUCAACUGCAGACUGAGCCAAGAACUACACACGAUGUACCCUCACAUAAUUGGCAAAGCAAUAAAAUUAGAAAAAGAUACUUCACCAAAUGGCAUCAGAUUAAUCAACCUCUGCCAGUCAACGAAACUAAAAAUCAUGAACACCUUCAUACAAAAAUCACAUAACAAAUCGAUCACGUGGAUGCACCCUAACACAAAUGAUGCUCACACCAUUGACCUAAUUCUCUCAGAUAAUAAACCUAAUUCAAACAUCACAAUAUGCGACGUACACAACUCACGUUCAAUGGAAGCCAACUCAGAUCAUUUCAUGCUCACCACAAUAAUCAAACUCCAACUUAAAAAAUCAAAAAAGAAACACAAACACACGCACAAAACAUGCACACAAAAUAACUCACGAAAUGCCAUUCACUCCUUGUCCUCGGAAUACCCAACAAUACUAACAAAUCUAAUAAAUGAGACAAAUGACCUGACACAAAUAGAAAAAUCCAUCAUAUGUGCUGCAACAUUAGCUGCAAACCCUCGAAAGUCAACAAUAAAAAGAUGGCAAACACAAAUCAGCGAGGACCUAAAAGAGGAGCUCAAACACAGAAAACAGCUAAGACUCCAAUGGCUAAACAAUCCAACCACCGAAAACAGAGACAAAUAUAACCAAGCAAACAAACAAGUAAAACAUAAAAUAAAAACAACCAAAGAAGAAUAAAUUCAAAAGAAAACCGAGGAACUGAAUACCUUCUUUGAACAAAAUGAUCUUCACUCCGCAUAUAAAAUGCUUGACGAUAUAUUAGCUACAAUAAGAAACCAAACAUACAAACAGCGCAGAAACCAAAUAAACAACAAAACACUUCAACAACACUACCAAAGCCUAUUCCAAUCAACAACCACAGCAAACCUAGAAUCCUUGAAUGUGAAUCAAUUCAAUGAACCUCUCUUAACAAAACCUGAACUAGACAUAGUUAUCAAAAAUCUCAAAAACAACAAAACUCCCGGCAACAACGGCAUAACCAACGAGAUGAUCAAACAGGGCGGAGAGAAACUACAAUACAUCCUACUAAACAUCAUGAACAAAUUUUGGACAAACCCAAACGAAAUCCCAAACCACUGGUUGAAUGCUAAUGCCAUAGGCAUAUACAAAAACAAAGGAUUGAAAUCUGGUCCAAACAACUACAGAAGCAUCUUUCUACUAGACACACUAAGCAAAAUAUUCUCUGGAAUGAUUUGUAACAGACUGGUGCAACAAACAGAUAAUCGAAUUCCACCAACGCAAUUUGGCUUCAGAAAACACUUAACUACCAGUCAUGCAAUAACUACAAUCAGACAUAUAAUCCAAUGCGCUCUUGAUUCAAAGAAAACGCUAAUCAUCAUCUUCGUAGACCUCACGAAAGCCUUCGACACCAUACCAAAAUCACUAAUUCAGAACGCACUUGCAAAAACAUGCCAUUCUCGAAACAUAAACUUAUGCAUCAAUAAACUAUUGGAUAAUCCAAAAGGCUUCCUAGCAAAGACAAAACUAAACUUCACCAUGUACAGAGGA